AGCAACAAGAUGCAGUGAUGCCAAUCACCUCCCGUCGAAGAUAUCUAGUGCUUAGGCUUACUUGAUUCAUUGUCCAUUCUCAAAGCAGGCAGCAUAUUAAUCGACCCAGGGUAUCAUUCGGAAAAUCGUCCUCUUCAGUAAUAGACGAACCUACUAUUGUGUUCGCAGUAAAGGCAUUCGUCAUUCGCAAAAAUGGAGCAAGGCUCAGUCGCCCGAUCCGCUUCCUCGGGCAGUUUGCUUGGGCGGAAGCUUCCCAGCCCACGCCGGCGUGUAGUGAGGACGCCAGCUGCAGCGGGGAAUGAUCAUGCGGAUCAACCUGCCUUCCGUGCUGCUCGAAAUAACGGAAGCCCGUCUACUCCGUCCGCUGGCCUACUUGAACAGCACAACCAUGAAGAGGGAGAAUCGAAAGCCGACGUCCUUGCGGAAAUACAGCGUAUGCGGCAAGAGUUGGCAAUGAUUGCUCUGCGCAAACGUCGCAUAAAAUCGGACAGCGUACUAAGUUCGGUAAUAAUUUUCAAUUCAUCAGUCUCACGUCUGUACUUUGCUGCGUUUGUAUGCAUCAAGUAGUUAGAUGAAUUACUAUUACACAUACAAACGAUGUCUACUUAGGUUUUCCUCAGCAUCUUCAGCAACAGAGCGAAUUUUCAACAUUUUUUCAUCUUCACCACAGGGCGGCACGAGCACAGGCAACGAGGUUUCAUCUCGGAGUUGUGCGCUUCAACAACUACAAAGAAGGCGGACCGCCUCGCAGCAGAGCUUUGGCAGCACAUCGACGAAUGGCAUUUUGCGGAAAGCAACGUCUCCGCCACGGGAAAACAAAGCUGCCCACGUGCUGUUCGAUGAUGAAGCGGCGAUUGUGCGAACCUUCCUGGACACCCCCACGAAAAUGGGGACGUCGUACAAGAACCACGAAGGUCCUCGUGCAAGGAGCAGUAACUCGCCUUCAGAGGGUUUCCCCCGCCUGCACGAAAAACAGCGCCGCAUUGUCAGCAACAGUACCGUUGUCAGCACACAGGUCCCGGCGGAAAGUCCCUGGCAGCGGGAACACGAUGCUGGGGCGAUAACCCCGCUCGAAAACAACACGCCAGUGGACGAGAAUUUCUACGAUCGACAGAAUUUUUCCUAUAACCCACCACGACGCGACGCUUUUUCUUCGACGAGCCACGCGGUGCUGCCGACGUCCACUGCGUCAUCAAGAGGAUCGACAUCUUCGCGUAGGCAUCACUACAAUUCGCGGCUGCGUGGAGAUGGACGCCGACCCCCAUCAGGCAUGCAGGUUCAUCGCCCUGCGUCGAGCUCGAGUCAGAGCUACCAGCGCCUACCGCCGCCUGUGCUGGUGGAGCGGCACGAGAGAAGGAGGUCGGCGUUUCUGCCUGGUAGAAAAGAAAAUGCUGAUGAUCCUGAUCAAGUGGCAGGCAGCGACGCAGUUGAAGAAGAUCCCGACGAGCCGCACCGCACGAAGAGCGCCUCCUUGUUUCAGCGUCUGAAGGAGCUCGAGCAUCGGAAUCUAGUCCUGCAAAAAGAGCAGCAGGCAACUUUGAUCGACCUGCAAAGUGCGGCGCUGCAGUCCUGUUUGACGCCGAACAAGACCGGUAAUAGUGGUGCUAAUCCUGAGUCAGCGAUGAUGUUUUCGCAUGGUGCUUCUGAUCAUGACGCAGCGGCAAUAUCGACUGGAGAAGCACAAGCUCAAGCAGAACAUAUGCAGCGCGCUCAGGCUUUCGAUCCGCAGGAACAAGAGCCUUGCCAAAAACCGGCAGGAGAGAGUCGCUUCCCAACAGUUUUCGAUCACGCCGAUCCUGCUAGACUUGGGACGACAGUCGACGAUGACGUCAUCAAGGUGAUAUACACCGAGGAAGAGUUUUUCCGGCCACUUUCCGAGCGCUUGACCGGGGCCGCGCCGUCUGUGGCUGCAGCGGCGCGCACGACCUUUCUUCCCAGUCCCAGUACCACAACUUCAACCGCAGAGCCUAGCAAGUCACUGGCACCUGUGGGUAGUGUAGCAACGGCGGAGACGAGAGAGGAGCCUCAGGUGUGAUGUCAUCUUUCUUCUAGAAGUACGUAAUAAAAACUUUCUUUUCGAAUUCGAGCGCCAGCGCCCUUUGAUUUGAUUUAUCGGCCCUUUUCGUUUUCAUUUCCGCUUUGAGAUGCAUGAGCACCAUGAUAUAUGAUUUUCAUCUGCGCGUUACAUUUUUCAUUUUCUCCAGGGCAAUCAUCUUGGCGGGGUGAUCGACCGGAUUGAAGCGCUCGUGAACCGCUUGCAGAACAAGAAAAGCGGCCUGGUGCGCGUCCAAUCGUGCGAAGAGGUAGAGCGCGUGAAGCCUGUACCCAUGCGCGAGCCUAGUCCUGUCACAACUGCUUGCUUUGCCCCCGCCGGGCGGAUGAUCUCCCUGGACGAGGGAAGUUGUGGGCGACAAGAAGGGCAGGAACAGAGUCCAGAAAUGAAGCAGCCAUGCGGGGGUCAUGAUGAUGAGCCGGACGAUUUGCUCGGAUUGAUAAACGACGAGUCCACGUUCAUUGUGGACCAGAUGGGUGCAGCAGCUGCAGGCCAACCGCCGGGAAACGAGCGGGAGGAUGUUGGACUUGAUGAUCAUCUUCAAGAGCAAGUAGACCCAACGCGAACGCCCGCACAUGUUGAGAUGAUGCCUCCGGGCAACAAACCGGCGGCGGCGGUAGCGAGCAGGGGAAAGUCGCCACCUCCUGGAAAUAAAACGAAAAAUCCAUUUGUCGGGAUUGCACAAGCGAAUUACGCGACAACGCAGACAGACAACAAUCGCGGCAAGCAGGAACAACUACAGAAUUCGCGAGGAAAAGCCGAACGACCAGAGGAGGAGCCGCCGCUUCUGCGCGGCCCUUUCUCUUUCUCGUCAUCGCGGUCUUCGGGCGAAGGUGUUCUUCCGGAGUCGAGUGGGCACCAGCACGCUAAUCCGAACACCAGCAACAUGUUGAUAAACGAGACGGACCUGUUCGACCUGACUGCGACAAUUUCCAACUCUCAACUUAAUCUUGUCGACGUCAAUGAACCAUCGGGAGUUGUAAACAGUGAGGGCGCUAGGGCUAGUUUUUGUAGUUUCCGACCCGGUGGAGCUGGUCCUGGUGUGCCCGGAGAUAGACGCGCAACUGCAGAGGUACAACGAGCACAAGAUCCGCUUCGUGAAGUAGCAGUAGGGCAUCAGGAUGCCGCUACGGGAGCACGAAGAACCGCAGCACGAAUGGCGGAGCAGGAGAUCCAGCAUCAAGCGCCAGUGGUACCGACUCCGCAGAGGACCGCCAUUCCCGACCAAGGAGUGCUGGAACAACAACACGAUUUUCCAGAUGGGUCGUUCGCACCGGAUCCCUCUGAACAAACCGUCCAGCGAAAUAAAAACCCCCAGGCGCCUGCUGCAGAUGAACCGCCGCCAGGCACCACAGAUCGUUCGUUUGUCCAGCAGGGGGACGCGGACAAUCAUCAAGCUCGCGGUCGCACUCGCACUACCUCCUCGAACAUGUUGAGCCCCACUACAUCACGGCGGCUGCAGACCAGGCCUUUGAGUUGUCCGCAGUUGCGGAGUCCGGGGUUCCGCGAAAACAUGCAGACUUUGGCAUCGAAGGGCUUGACGCCGCCUCCCGGAGUGGGUCCGGUGAUCGUCAAAACAGAGCCUUCGAUUGUUUCGCUUGGUGGAGCUGCUGGUGCUAGUACCACAACCGCCACAUCGGAAGCGGUACUACAUCGGCACAUGACAGUAAACUACGACCAGAUGAGUAAUUCUAUAGGGACCACAGAAGCUGCCAAGGCGGCCAUGCAUCAAGCCACGGUGCAGCAGCGCACCCCUUCGUGCCCAGUCGUGCAGUACGCGAGUGUCCUGCCCAGUUGCGUGGAGCAAAUGCGUCUCUUGGUCCCGAAGCCACAGACGCCGUCACUCGUGCCCUCUCCAACUCCACAGCGUGUGUUUCCAGCGGCCGUGCCGGAACGAUCCCUUCUUAGUGGACCGUCUGCGCCGAACCUCCCACAACUGGAUAGAGCUGUAUCGCUCCCGCGGUUCUCAUCUCCGCCGGCACACUCGACACAACUGGUGGAAGCGGUUCCUAGCACGACGACGCGGCAGAUCAUACGUCAAGCGUCGCGGCCACAAGCUCCAGAACAGCACGAACAGAAGACGAUUGUUCUGAGUUACUUUCCACCUGCUCCUGGUAGGGACGACGAGCUCCAAAAGCAAGCAAGGAAAAUAAAUACUGCUGCCAAGAGCUCCUCGUCACAAAGCGCCAAACAAGACUGGGCAGCGGUGGCAAAUCUUCGCAGUGGCGGGACCAACUCCAAGCCAGUGCGCGCGACGAACCGCGACGUGGAGAAGAUGGUGAAGAUGAAGAUCAUAUGAAUUGCAAAAAUAUCUGGGUCUGGAAGAUUGCAACUUGUCAUCGUAAAUCUGAAGCAUGCAAAAAUCUGUGUUGCAUGAGUGCCAAAAGCUGUCCACUUUUGAUCAAGUUGGAACGGAGUUUCUCAUGCAGAAUAGGCAUGGCAGAGACCUCGCAGAGUCUGUCAUGCUAAGUCCCGCAUUCCAGACCUCAUGGGUCAUGGAAAAUCUGCAUGACAAGUCUACACUCUUCCAGACCCAUAUAUUUUUGCACUUGAUAGAUCAAAGUCUGGCAGCCGGAGUCGUCGCCGAGCGGAUGCUCCGGCUCGCUUUCGCCCCGUCGCCGCGCUCUGGAAUGCGGGAACAUGGGCAUUCUGCGGAGUCCGAAGUCUUCAACGCGCCACAUCACUUCCUCAUCUCCGUUCGGGCCUGCAGCUUCUGCGGGGUCAGCGGCCGCAGAAGCCUCGUCUUCUUGCACUCGCAAAAUAUGUACCCUGUCGCCGCUCGUCGGGAAAGAGGUUGUAACAAGUGCUGGGACGAGCAGAAGGAGCACGCCCGUGCAGCGACCUUCACGGUUCUCCUCCCCAGCGUCGCAGCCGGUUAAACCACAGGCAAACACGACUAACGGGAUAGAAAUUAGGGACCAGCCGCCUCAUGUCGAAAAGAAGGAGGAAAACAACAUGAGCAGUGGCAGUGCUCGAGGACCUGCUGUGUCGAUGGCGGAGAGAGCGAAGAGCCGCGUGCUCGCUCGGUCAAACUCCACCGCGUCGCUCCACGGCCCGGUGUCCUUUUCCAACCGACCCGUUUCGCACGCCGCCACGCCGACAGCGCAAAACCGCCAGCGCGGUGGAGGUACUAACGUCGAGGAGUGCUCAUUCAGUGAGUCGCUUCGGUGGGAUGACCAACGAAAAAUAUACCACCUCGUGGAAAACAAUUGAUGAAAACUCCUGCAGUGACGCAAGAACAAACUCAACGUGGUAUGUGCACAUCUGUGUUGCUGGUGCAUCCCUUUCAGUACAGUAAAUAAAGAAUCGAUAUCGAAAGAACAAGAAUCACAAUCUUCAGGCCAAGGCUUGUAAAGAUGCUCGGGCGCCGCAGAAGAUACCGCGAUCGCGUGCUCCUAUGAAUUACAACCGCUUUUUUUGACUUGCUUGUGUCUGGUGCGCUUUUAGAUUUAGUUUUUUUACUUUCUAUUUGGGUUAUCUCGG